AUAUAACUAACGUUUUAGAACACUAAAUAAAUAUAAACAAUUAAUUGUGUGGUUCGUUUUUGCCGAAAAUAAUUUAGUUACUAAAAAUAAAUGGCUGAAGAAGUUAUUGUUGAUGCUUUGCCUUACAUAGAUCAUGGCUAUGAUGAUGUGGGCGUCAGAGAAUCGGCGCUGGCCAUGGUCGAGGAGGAAUGCCGGCGCUAUAGGCCCACCAAGAACUAUCUGGAUCAUCUGCCACUGCCAGCAACUACUCCAUUCGAGACACCACUGAUGAUCAAUGAAUUUGAGCGGAUACAGAAUCGCCAGCCCAUGGAAACGCUGUCCAUGAAGCGUUACGAAUUACCGCCUCCACCCUCAGGCAAGCUGUCUGAGGUGUCUGCCUGGCAAGAAUCGAUUGAGAACUCCAUGGCCCAGCUGGAACAUCAAUGGGUGCGUUCGUUAAAUCUUGAGCUAAUGCUGGAUUACGGCACCGAAGCCUGGAAAUCGUAUCUGGAAGUAUUCACAGCCAUGCAAGCCAAAGCUCAGCUACAGCUGCAACAACUAAAAAAGGACAUGCAGGACAUUAACUGGCAGCGUAAACAGGCACAAACACAGGCUGGUGAAAAGUUGCGCGCUCUAGAGGCACACUGGGUCCUACUCGUAUCGAAAAACUAUGAAAUUGAAACCGAAUGCGUUGAGGUAGAAAAAGUCAUAAAAGCGGCGCGCGAGCAACUAGAAAAGCUUGCGCCACCUAGCGUUGACACAGAGCAAACAAAUGGCCAUGCAUCAAAGGAGGAGAGCAAUGGCCAUGAUAGCAAUGAAGAUGUAGAGGAGCAGCAGGAGGAAGAGGAGGAGGAGGAGAACGGUGAUCCUCCUGCUGCAGCGGAUACUAAUCGAGACGAGGAUGAGGGGUCAAAUGAUUCAUAGUCUGGCU